ACAGUCGGCCGGACCGCAGCGGUCGGUAUUCCGUUUGUGCGCCAGCGCGGUUGCCCCGUCGUUCCUCUAGUGUUGUUUUUUUUUUUUUAAAUCGUACAAAAAAUCCCCCAAAAAAUAUUUUAAAAAAUGUUCGACCGCCCGAAAACGGCGUACGCGUCCGUCGGCCGGUGAAUAUUAUAGUUUUUUACAGGGAAAAAAAAAAAGGAUACAAACGUCUUCGAAACAAUAGCCAUCAUGUAUUCGGCCAGGAACAGGAACGCCGUUUUCGCAGAAGACACGUUUCAAAUACACGACUGGCUGCGGUCAGACCCGAGGGUCUGCGGUGGCGGAGGAGGAGCAGGACCAGCUGAUUUCGAUCAUCACCUGUACCACCGGGUCCGACCCGUAUCGCCGGUCAAGAGAUACCAUCAGAGGAUUUUCGGCAUCAACGUGACCGGCAGUGGCGCCGGCGUCGGAGGAGGAGGCGGUGGUCCCGACCGUCGACGACAGCUCAAGUCCAUGGAGUCCCUAUUGGGUCUCAGCGACGAGAACCUCGACAACCAGGGCUCCGAAGUCGUUACCAGAGCUUCGCCGGACGUGCAAGACUCGUUGGACCGAGCUCUGAUGGACUUCGAAGAGACGUUGGCGCUGGCGUUCCAGUCCAACACGAUCGUGCCGCCUCCCAAGGGGUUUUCCAACCAUAACCUAGCCGAAGGUCUCGACGAAUGCAGCACCGGCAACAGGCUGGACAGCAGCAUCGAGAGCAGCUACACGACCGGCAGCAGUAGCGGCUACUCCACCAAGCCGGACCAACCCACUUCCACGGUGGCUUCCACACCGAGGUCCUUCAACACAUACAACGAACUCCAGCUCGUCAGAGAACAGAUGAUGGAAAGCCUGGAGAUCAUCAGAGACCUGGAAGAACAAGUCAAACUGGUACCCAUGUUAAAGGCACAGGUGGCCACGUUGAGUACGGACAAACAGCGACUGUCGGACGAAUUGGACAGACACAAAUGGUAUGCAGAUGAAGAAAAGAGAAAAAACAAAUCGGCCGAACGUGAGUCGACGGAAUGCCAGACGGACAAGCGGCGUGCCACCAAAGACGUCGCCGUUAGCUGCGUGCCGAUAUGCCGGGACGUGGGUGUAACUACUCCCCGACCAACGGCUGUGGACACCCAUAGCUCGUCCACCAUGACCGAUCCGGUAGAAACGACGCCGUCCAUCGAGCCGCUGUCACCGCCGCCGGCGGCCACUGCCAUCACGGCGUCCGCUUAUGUGCAGACGGUGGAAGUCAAAAAGCCGACCACGGUGGACGCGAGCACGCAGUCGGCCAGGACGGCCGCCAGGACUGUGAGCGUCGGCGUGACGGCCAAACCGAGGACGUACGACGCCGGCGUGAGCGUCAGGCCGGUGGUCAAGCACUUUGGGUGCACGGCCGCCAUCAAAACCGCGGUGGACGACUGCGGCGGCGCUCUUCAGGUGGACGACGCCAAACCGCCACACCCGACGGCCGUCGUCGUCAGGCCCGUGGCCCGUACCACCCAAACGGACGCCAGUCCUCCGAAAGUGUACACCGUGGGCCGUACAACCCAGACGGAUUCGCGACCCACAAGGGUGCCCUGUUCGCGGACCACGCAGACUGACCCAGGCCCCCAGCGGUCGCCCGUCACCAGCACAACGCAGACGGACCCGGGCCCCCAACGGGUGCCCAUCGGCCGAGCAACCCAGACGGACCCGGCGGUUCGCAGGGUGACCAAAAUGGCGACCACUCAGACGGACCAACCUAACGCACAGCGCGUGGCGCCCUCUAUCGGCAGAAGGAGCAACUCUUUCCAUCAUUACACGCCCGUCAGGAACACUUCGGACCAUCCUAUGGCCAGGAGCGAAGGCACCGUGACCAUAUCGGCCUCGAAGAUACCCAGGCUUAAGUCCACUUCAGCGGCGACCACGCCCGAACCUAACCGAAAGGUUUACAGCAGACAGGACACGUAUACCAAGUCCGCUCCCGAAGUAGUCCAACAACCGGACACAGUCACCGUAGUCAGGCCUAUCAUGGAACCUAUACCAUCGUCGCCGCCUGAUGUUCAAAACGAAAGUAGCCCAGAAUCGGACAUGGCCUUCAAACCCAUACGGGACGACUUGUGCAAGGACGGUCCGAGCAAAGAGAUGAGAGCCGCGUUGAAAGUGCUGAACGAUUCGUUGAAAAAGACUUCGGCCACUCUUUUGCCUAGGGCCCAGCUUAAGCACGCCAUUGACAUCGUACGGGAAGAAUGGUUCAAGGCUUCGAGUAUGAACAUCUGCGGCGGUCAAGUGGUCAAGAAUUAUGUUGAUUCUUUCAAAUCGUAUUCGCCUGUACUGUUGGAGUUCAUCAUAAACAUGACAGACGCCGCGGGCAAUACAGUGUUGCAUUACGCUAUUUCCCAUGGGAAUUUUGAAGUGGUCUCUGCCGUUUUGGACACAGGCAUGUGCAACGUUAACCUGACUAACGAUGCAGGAUACUCUAGCAUCAUGCUCGUCUCGUUGGCAGAAGUCAAGAACAGCGACGAGAUGAAAAUUAUCAGAAAACUAUUCAAGAGCGGCGACGUCAAUUUACAAGCGAAGAAACACGGACAGACCACGCUGAUGUUGGCCGUGUCUCACGGCAAAACCGAAGUGGUCAAGUUGCUGUUGGAAUGCGGCGCCGACAUCAACGUCCAAGACGAAGACGGUAGCACGGCCCUUAUGUGCGCCGCCGAGCACGGUCUCCAGGAAGUGGUCAACAUCCUUUUGGCUUGUCCCGAAUGCGACGUUUCCAUCGCAGACAACGACGGUAGCACGGCUCUGAGCAUCGCCAUGGAAGCCGGUCACAGGGAGAUCGGCAUUGGUCUAUACGCCAAGCAGCACUUAGUGUCCAGGGAAAACUCGCCGUUCCACCUGUCCAAGUCGAAAAGGUCUAGAAGUGCCAACACCGUCAUGAUGACAACGUCGCCGUCGUCGUCGUCGCCGUCGUCUUACCUGUCGCUGAAGAAGUCACCCGGCCUGCAACCCCGGCAAUACGCCACCCUGACGAACCUGGUGAAAACCAGAAGUCCUUAACGGGGGGGGGGAGUCCUUCCGGUCACUUCCGGACGUACAAUAUUAUUAUGCCCUUUAGACGAAUAAACAUUUUCGUUGAAAAGGUCUAAUCCUUGUGACAUCAGAGGUUGUUGGAAAUAGGUUUUUUAUAAAACUUUUUUAAUUUAAUACACCUUACCUAUUUUUUUUUUUUUUGUGCAUGUACAUUGAUUUUACACGGCCGAACCGUGCUGUACACAAAAACGGCGACCGGUUUUAUGCGGGAUUCCCGCCGUCAACGGGGGUACCCUCGCCAUAGUCAAUGGACGGGCGGAUGGUAAACAACGGCAGGGUACCCCCGUUGGCGGCGGGAAUCCCGCAUAAAAUCGGUUGCCGUUUUCGUGUACAGCGCGGUUCGUCCGUGUAUUUUUAAAACUAAGAUGAAUAUAACAAUGUUAUAAUUUAUUUCUAUCUCAAUGACACAUAGAAAACAAACAAACUUUAUGUCAAAACUCUUGUUAGACAUUGCGUUAUAAUAUCAUUGUAUUGUAUGUAUAAUUUUAAUCCCUUGUUUUGUUUUUCUAUUGUUUGACCGUUUAACUGAGUUAUAAAUGUACCCUUAGUUUGGAUUUAACUGUACAUGUUCCAUAAUAUUAUGAUAUUAUUUUAUGCUACUGUAACUACUAUUACUUGAAAAUGCAUUGACUAAAAAAGCUAAUUCGUGAAGUCGUAGACAAUAAAAAAUGUGAGUUGUUCUUUUUUGUGCUUAUAUAUUGUAUUGGCUAACUUAUGAACUGUGGAAAAACUUGGUCUAAUAUUUAACAGCAAAAAGUUACAGCCAAACCUUAAACCACAUGACUAAAUGAAGUUUGGUUUAUUAUUUCUUUUUGGUAAGGCUCCAGCUGCUACAUUAGUUAUUAUCCUAAAUCAUUGCUUAUUAACUACUUUCAAAAUGUUUUGAGUUAAUAAUAACUAGCAAGUUUCAAAACCAAGUUUAGCUUCACUGAUUCGCAGAAUAUUUCCAUUGUUAUUUAAAUUUCAUUUGAUUUACUGUUUAAAAAUUGAACAUGAAAAUACAUAACUAAUAUUAAUAAUAUCAUAUAGAUUUACAUUAAACAAAUUUAUAAACUCUAAAUUUAUUUUACAGAGCGUAGCAUUUAUUAAAUGGAUUAAGUUUACACAAAUAAAAAACAGAAAAAAUGUAUUCCAGUAUUCACUGAAAAUUAUUUUUUUUCUACAUACAU